GGAAGGCGACAAGGAAUUCAGCGGGGAAAGCCUGGGAGGGUGAGUGAAGAUGAAGGAAGAGAUCGCAGAACAGUGACCACCUUUUGUCAUGGAGCGGAGGGCGUUCUCGUCAUUUCCUCCCUCCUAGGAAUUCCUUGGACGAAGCCCUCCCCAUCAACUUUAGCAUCCCACCACAGGAUGAUCUCGGGAGAAACCACCAUAUAUACCCACGCAUUUUCAUCCUCAAACCCUCCAAUUCCUUCGACAUCUUUAGCAUAAUCCAAGUGAAAUUCUCUGCGAAGUCUUCCUCUCCCUCGAAGGGCUUCCGAAGUUCGAGAUGUGUAGAGGCAUUGGAAGAGAGAGUGGCCCCAGUGGGCUGUUCACCAAAGAAGAGGUUCCGUGUAAGUCGCCGCCCGGCAAGGCCGCGGUGGCGUGCGAGCUCUGCGGGUCGAGGGCGUGCCUGUAUUGCCAGGCCGACGACGCUUACCUGUGCCGGCAGUGCGAUCGGUGGGUACACGAGGCGAACUUCCUGGCCCAGAGGCACAUCCGGUGCCUGCUCUGCACCUCCUGCCAGAGGCUCACCCAGAGAUACGUGCUCGGGCCGUCGCUGGUGGUGGUGCUCCCCAGCAUGGUCGAGAGCUGCGCGGAUGGGGAAGACUCGAGCGACGCUCAGGACAAGUCCUCGGGGAACGUCAGGACGCCGUUCCUGUUCCUCUGAGGGCUUCUCCUUUUCCCUUCGUUCUUGGUUUUUUUUUUCUUUGAUAACCCCUUUUUAGUAUUCUUUCAUCGGGGAUUUUCUGGGGAGAAGUUAGGAGGAGGAGAAUGAUGAAAUGUUCUUCUUUUUUCCCGUUUUUUUCCUUUUUUUUUCCUUUUGAAGUUUGCUUGAAUUGGAGGAUUAGUGUGGGUUUUGAAAGCAUUAUGUAUUCAAGGUAAGGAAAGUGAGAAUGAUGAUCACGCAAAGUAGGAACUAGGAAGCGAACAUCAACAUCGGUUGUAGAAACUCUGUAAUUUGAAGAUGUUGUUGCCACUUUUUACCACCCCGUGCUGUCUUGAAUCCGACAUGAAUCCAUCUGACUGGGGGGCAAUGCCUUAUUUU